GUAAAAUUCCGCGGGGCAGUGUGAACUGGCGGGACUCGGCCGAGUUCAAAAAGCUCGCGGAGUACCAGCGCAGCUUCUGGCGCGAGUUCUCGCAACCCGUGGGCAGUUACGUGCUGGUCAAAGUGCCCAAGGACGUCGGGGAAAGCCCCGCGUGGCUGUGCCGCGUAGCCGUGGCCGAGCCGGUCUACAAGUUUUUGCCGCACUUUAAAGCUAACAAAGAUCGGAAUAAGAACGUAAGCAAAAAAGUGUAUUCUCGGGCGUUUCGGGUGGUCAAGGUGGUCGCAGAAGUCGAUGUGGCGUUUUCCCGGGACCUUGUGACCCACCUACAGACCAACUGGAACCUGGACGACGCUAGGCUGGCCAAGCUGCUCGACCACUGUGGAAUUACCGGGGGAAAAAUGGAAGGAGGAAGCGCAAUUGGCGAUGGCGAUUUAACGAGUUCUUCGUCGUCUUUGGAAGAAGUGCAGGCUGAGGAAUCGCCCGAGGAUUAUGAGAAGGAUGUUGAAACGGGCACAAGCGACAAUGAGCAGGAAAAACGCGGCCCUCACAGCAUCCUUGAUGAUGUAGACGAGGAUCUUUUUCUGUAAAUGCGGAUGUCACUUAUAGAUACGUAGCGGUUUGGUUUGUGAUUGAGAUUUCAAGAAAAUGAAUCUAAAACGUAGAGUGAUAAAAAAAUACCUGUACUACACUGCUACGAUGUAGACCGAGGCGAUCCAUUCUUCUUUGUUUUUCCGAAACCAAUGUCAGAGCCAACGCCAUGGAAAAGUUUGGCGACAUCAAAACAGGUCUACGAUCUGCCAUCCUUUUCCUUGUUCGCAAAAAUGCCUGCAAAUCCACAUACUUUAUCUCCUUAGGCUCGGCGCGCCGGGUCGAAGACGAACUGAGGGAGAAAACCCCAUGGGGCAGGCAGGCGCAGGAAGAUCUCGAUUUUUUCGGGAUCCCGUUCCAAGUACUAAAGGACACCAAGCCUACGGGCAUAGCAAUUCGAGCAACACUAGAGAAGAGCAAAACUGUCCAGCCCGUGCGGAAAAAGCGCGGGGCGCCAGCAGGCAGACCCAAGACAGCGAAGCGGACCGCGAUGGAGGAAGAAAGACGACAGCGACUAGACAAGCAGCGGGAAGAAAACGCGGAGCGGGAAAAGACGAUACUAGUGCAAAUAAACGGCAAGGCGUGGCACAGGAGGCCGCGGUCCACAUACAAUUACUCAGUGGAAACAGAUGGCGGCGAAGCAAUAACCUUCCGCAUAAGCAAUUUUUACUUUUGUGAGAACAGCGGCAUGGAAGAGGCGACGGUCUACGGCAGGGUUUUCCGGCAAGACCAACAGGACAAAACCUGGACCGCUGUCGACCCCAUUGCCUGAGGAAGAGGAGGAAGAAGAAUGAGGAAACGAGAGGAGCAAUCCUCUGGCACCUAGAUAACAGAACGCUGCACAUCUGAAAGAGUUUCUUGAAAAAUUUCGAAGAACAAAAACGUAGUCAGAUUUAAAGCAGAAGUUCAGUCAGUUCAGUCAAUGACGAUGGCAAAGGGGACAUCGUGGGAUCCAGGUGAUGCAAAGACUAAUGGCAAACUGAAACUCCAACGCCAACCCAAUCGAAAAGUGCG